GUAGCCAAACACAAAUCUGCCACAAUAAUAACUCAGGCACCAUGAGUGUUCCUCAUGCUUCGAGUGAUUCUGACGAUGAUCGGCCAGUGGUGAGGCUGUUUCAGAGGCAGAAACCAGUUCAUAAGAUCCUCGGUGGUCGGAAAGUAGCGGAUAUCAUGCUAUGGAGGGACAGGAACUUAUCGGCCGGGAUACUUGCAGGAGCCACAUUGAUAUGGUUCCUAUUCGAUGUGGCUGAAUACAACUUAGUAACACUCCUUUGCCACAUUGCUCUCCUUGGGAUGCUUCUGCUCUUCAUUUGGUCCAAUGCUGCGCCUCUCUUUGACAGGGCCCCUCCACAAAUCCCAGAAGUGAUUGUUUCUGAACAUGCGUUCAGAGAACUUGCACUGACCAUCCAUUCCAAAGUGGCGCACUUUUCAACAGUCCUGUAUGAUAUUGCAUGCGGGAAGGAACUCAGGAAGUUCCUUGCGGUGAUAGGAUCUCUGUGGAUAUUGGCAGUUAUUGGAGAGACAUGCAGUUUCACAACUCUUUUAUAUGUUGGAUUUUUAUGCGCUCUCACAUUGCCUGCGUUGUAUGAAAGAUACGAAACUGAAGUAGACCAUUUGGUCGCCAGAGGUGGUCAAGACCUCAAGAAAUUCUACAAGAAGGUCGAUUCCAAUGUGCUGAAUAAGAUACCAAGGGGUCCUGUCAAGACAAAAGUUCAUUAAAAUGUACUACAAGAGAUGUCAAUGCAUAGACCGUUUCGUGAAUAAAAGAACUGCUGGUUUGAAAUUGGUUUGAUUGAAAAUGAGCUUAGAGCUCGACAUCUAUUACUUCUUAUGGGAAAAAUAUAUACUCUAUAUAUUUUUAUUGUGACUUAUGAAAUCAACUUACAUGUUAGACUUAUUGUGACUUAUGAAAUCAACU